CCGGGACCUCGAGGCAUGCCUGGUUCAGCUGGCAGAGAGGGUCCAUCAGGGAAGCAGGGGAACGUAGGACCUCAAGGCCCACCUGGCCCUAAAGGAGAGGCUGGGCCCAAAGGAGAAGCGGGUGUGGCCGGCAAGCCGGGCUCUGCGGGGACACAAGGUCCCACAGGUGUUAAAGGAGAGAGAGGUGCCCCGGGUGAGCACGGAGCCCCUGGGAGUGCUGGGGCAGCAGGACCUGCUGGAGCCAUGGGUCCACCGGGACCUCCAGGUGCCAAAGGGCCCCCGGGACUGAAGGGGGACAGAGGUGCUCCUGGGAACAAAGGAGCGAAGGGAGAGAGUGGGCUUCCGGACAUCACUGCUCUGAGGCAGCAGGUGGAGGCCUUGCUCGGACAGGUCCAACACCUCCAGAAUGCCUUCUCUCAGUAUAGGAAAGUGGAGCUCUUCCCCAACGGCCGAGCUGUUGGGGAGAAGAUCUUCAAGACGGCGGGUUUUGAAAAGACUUUUGAGGACGCGCAGCAGGUGUGUAUGCAGGCGGGGGGACAGAUGGCCUCCCCACGCUCUGCAGCCGAGAACGAGGCCCUGCAGGAGCUGGCCACUGUUCAGAACAAGCCUGCUUUCCUGAGCAUGACCGACAUCAAGACAGAGGGCAAUUUCACCUACCCCACCGGGGAGCCCCUGGUCUAUUCCAACUGGGCCCCGGGGGAACCCAACAACAAUGGCGGCUCGGAGAACUGUGUGGAGAUCUUUACCAACGGCAAGUGGAACGACAAGGUCUGCAGGGACCCGCGCCUGGUGGUCUGCGAGUUCUGAGCUGCGGGGGCCGGCGGGGAGCCUGGCCAGCGAGUGGGGGCCCAGGCCCGUGCGCUGCCAACGCCCCAAUAAAAUGGCGCCGCCUCUGCCAGCCAGGGCUUCUCCGCAGAGCCGUGGGGGGUGGCCAGAAGGCAGGUCCCCGCGGAACGCCUCUCUCCGAGUCAGAUGGCUUCACACACACAAGACCUGUCAGGAAGAAGGGGCCCGCUGCUCUCCCAGUGGCAAGGAAUAAAAUUGGGUCCCCACGACCUCCCCAUGGCAAAA